AUGAAGAGGUCCCUGGGUUUAUGGAAGCGUCCCUACGCCGGUGUCAACCACCUCAUUGUCGGUCUGGGCAACUGGUACUACCCGCUUUCGCGUGAAAGCGUGGGCUUGUACGCUCUUGAGCGAUAUGCACAGAGGUACUCGCUUGUGUGGGACUUUAUCCCCAACAUCUGCAGCGACGCCCUCGCCUCCAAGACUGGCAUCGCGCUCAUCAAGCCCAAGACCUACCAGCAGAAAGACAUGGGCAAGGCGGUAGCGAUGGCGACGGAGGCAAUGAACCUCACCAUCGACGACGUCACCAUCCUGCACUACGACGCCAACCUGCCCUGCGGCCAGGUCCGAUACCGAACCGGAGCGCUCGAUGCGCCCAACGUGGCAGUGCAGUCCAUCAUCAACAUGUUCGAUACCGAGAGGCUGAACAGAGUGUCGAUCGGCAUCAAGCCCGUGUCGGAGGACGAGGUCUUCGUGCCCACCAUCGUGCAGGCCAUCGACAAGAGGUACCUGGACAACUUCAACGACAUCUGGAUCAGGAACGUGCUGAGCGACACGGAGAGACCGCUCGUGGACAAGGCGAGCGACAAGGUGACCGAUGAGCUGCUCCACUCCGCGACCAACACGACGGACAACACCUUCUCUCGCCUCAACACGCUCUAG